UCACCCCCACACCGCUCCACAUGGACUAACCUGUUCCCAUGGCGACGCCGAUGUCUCUUCAGAUGUGUGAUGUCAGGUUCGCGCACUUGACGUCACGUCAGGUGUCCCGUACAUCACUGUACACCCAGGUAACACACCUGUAGGGUCCGUCUGACGUCCAGGUGAGGUUCUGUAGGGGAUUUGUUCCUCCCGUGUAACGACUUGUAGGUGUGAAAAGGGGUCAGGGGAAAAUUAUUUCCUUAGUAACUCGAGCUGGGAUCGAUUCCUUAGGCGGAGUCUUAGGUUUGCCCAGCUGGACAAAAGGAGCGACAAGCACACGUGAGGGACUUGAAGGAGGCAGGGGUGACCUGUGGGAGGGACGUAAGGAGGAAACACGCUCUUCAGGCAAGGUGAGAACAGAAAUGUCCAGGAUGUGUCAUACAGGUAUGACUAAGAUGUGACACCUUCUGCUCGAGGACCCACGCUUCUAUCAGUCGGAGUCACAGUCGCGUCAGAAGUGUCAACGUGGCCCCAGCGGGACCGGGCUUCGAGAAGGAUACUAAUACAUCAUAUGGAAACUGUUUCCCAGUCACAAGCUUAAGGCAUGCUGGGUAAAACAGCCGGGAGCUAGGGACGAUGUCCGUGCCGUCGCGCCUGCGCAGACACGUGGACGAGGAAGAAGUCUUGGACGUUCUUGAGGCAAACCAGAGACUGUCUCAGCUGAUCCAAGGCGUCUGGGAGGACUUCUCUAAGUUCAAGGUCAAGGAGCGUGAGUUCAUGAGCGAGCUGGACGGCGUGUCGCUGUCCAACGGCUACACGAGUCUGGUGACGAUACGGAUGAUCCGGGGUCACGUGCAGCGCUACCCGGACCUGCACCCGAACCUACAGACGUUUCUGCGCAUGUACGACCGGUUAAAGGAGGACGGGGUGAACCUGGUGAAGCGGAGAAUCAUCCCGCGCAUGCGCCGUGCGCAGGGGUUCAUCCCGUUGUCUCUGCGCGACGCCGUGAACUACUGGAACUCGCUGGACGGCACCAAACGCAACCUGAUGGACGUGUCGAAACGCCGCGCAUCAAGAGCGCGGGCAAACGCAACACAGUACUUCGCGACGCUGAGCCUCCUACCCGAGGUGAUCGAGGCGGCGGCGAUCUGCAGGAACACCGUGGCGAGGUGCUGCAACGACCGGUCGGACUGGAGCCCCGCUGACCCCGUGCCCGAGCUGCACUACCGCAGCGACACCGAGUCGGCCGAGUCGGCAUCUGUCUGAUGCCACAAACUUCAGAAUAAGUCUGUUCACAGGUUGAUCUACGUAUGCGCGAGGUCAAAGGGAAAACUUAUAGUAAUCAGAUGUUGUCCAGACCAUGCUUCUUUAAUAAUACAUGUCCGGUAGACGGGUUUUGUUUAUGAAUCAGGACUGGAGCCCGGCCGCACCGGUACCCGAGCUGCAGUACCGCGGCGAUACGGAAUCAGCCGAGUCGGCGUCUGUCUGACGUCACAAACUUAUAAGUCUGUUCACAGGUUGAUUUGCGCAUGAGCGAGGUCAAAGGGAAAAGCCUCCAGUCUAACUUGUAAUAUGAUCAUAUUGUUUGGCCGACCCCGUCCCGAGCUGCACUACGUACAGUAAUACCCCCCUCACAUUAGGC